AUAAUGUGCAUUCAAGUCCUGUGCCGUCAAUCAUCAAAAGAAGAAGAAGUAACCCGGAAGCGAUGUUCAGCUUGAAGGUCUAUUUUUGUUGGGCUGAAAGUCAUUUUUUUGUUGUUUUUUUUUCACCAAAAUGGGCGUAAAAUUAGAAAUCUGCAAAAUGAUAUUUUAUGUUACUUUUCCCGUCACAAUGUUCUGGAUCUCCAACCAACCAGACUAUUUUGAGGAGUACGUCUUGAAGAAAAAGAGGGAGAUGUUACCCCCUAAUGAGGCCCAGCGGAGGAAAGAGUACGAGGAAUUCAAGGAGAGGAUGCGAGUUCGAAACGAGCAGCGGCUGUCGAAAAAAAUCUCCAUGGAGUCCGAGAACUGAGGACAUUUUGUGACAUUUGUAUUGUUUAUAUUGCCGAUGCACACGUGUCUCAAUGAUGAUGUUUUUGAAGUGCCAGAAGACUUUAUUACAUCGUUGUUAUGAAGUCUGUUCAUGCCUUUGGACUUUUCUGUUUGGUGGAUUUGUAGUUGCACCACAUGUCAUAACAAGCAAACGAAAUGCUUUAUUGGAGUUAUUUGCUUCAUCACACUGUCCAGAGUUAUCUGUAAAUAUGCAUCUUAAAGGCCUACUGAAAUGAUAUUUUCUUAUCUAAACGGGGAUAGCAGGUCCAUUCUAUGUGUCAUACUUCAUCAUUUCGCCAUAUUGCCAUAUUUUUGCUGAAAGGAUUUAGUAGAGAACAUCCACGAUAAAGUUCGCAACUUUUGGUCGCUGAUAAAAAAGCCUUGCCUGUACCGGAAGUAGCAGACGAUGUGCGCGUGACGUCACGAGUUGUGGAGCUCCUCACAUCUGAACAUUGUUUACAAUCAUGGCCACCAGCAGCGAGAGCGAUUCGGACCGACAAAGCGACGAUUGAAAGAUUCGUGGAUGAGGAAAGUGAGAGUGAAGGACUACAAAAAAAAGAUGUAUUAAAAAAAAGACUAGAUUAGACAAGGCUUCACGGUGGCAGAGGGGUUAGUGCGUCUGCCUCACAAUACGAAGUUCCUGCAGUCCUGGGUUCAAAUCCAGGCUCGGGAUCUUUCUGUGUGGAGUUUGCAUGUUCUUCCCAUGAAUGCGUGGCUUCCUCCCACUUCCAAAGACAUGCACCUGGGGAUAGGUUGAUUGGCAACACUAAAAUUGGCCCUAGUGUGUGAAUGUGAGUGUGAAUGUUGUCUGUCUAUCUGUGUUGGCCCUGCGAUGAGGUGGCGACUUGUCUAGGGUGUACCCUGCCUUCCGCCCGAUUGUAGCUGAGAUAGGCGCCAGCGACGCCGAAAGGGAAUAAGCGGUAGAAAAUGGAUGGAUGGAUUGAUGGAUAGAUUAGACAAAUUUACUAGGAUAAUUCUGGAAAAUCCCUUAUCUGCUUAUGGUGUUACUAGUGUUUUAGUGAGAUUAUAUGGUCGUACCUGUACAACCUGAAGGUCAGCCCCGCACCUUUCAUCAGCACCAGUCGACGGGUGGUGGCGAUGCCCAUCUCCGCCCUUCGCAAGGGACCCUCUUCGAAACACGAUCUUUCGAAAUGAUCGCUGCAUAAAACACUGUACUUUGUGUGUGUGGUCCAAUCCCACUGUGUUCGCUUGACCGCUCUGUUCCAUAGUAAAGCUUCAACAUCAUCUUUCGGGAAUGUAAACAAUGAAGCUGUGUUUGUGUUGCUAAAGGCGGCCGCAAUACACCGCUUCCCACUUACAGCUUUCUUCUUUGAUGUCUCCAUUAUUCAUUGAACAAAUAGCAAAAUAUUCAGCAACACAGAGUCCAGAAUACUGUGGAAUUAUGCGAUGAAAACAGACAACUUAUAGCUGUAAAUGGUGCUGGAACAAAAUGUUCUCUACGUCACGCGCAUGCGACAUUGUACCGCAACGUUUUAGCAUGAUACUUCCGCGCAAAAUUUAAAAUUGCAAUUUAGUAAACUAAAAAGGCCGUAUUGGCAUGUGUUGCAAUGUUAAUAUUUCAUCAUUGAUAUAUAAACUAUCAGACUGCGUGGUCGCUAGUAGUGGCUUUCAGUAGGCCUUUAAUAUCCUCCUAAAAUUUUGCAAUGGAUUAUUAGACAAAAAAUCAUGUUCCAGAAUAAAAGCUGUAUCAUUGUGAAAAGGAUGUCUCAGAGUUUCCAGUUAUAUGCAACAGUUUUUUUCCCCAAAUGCCUGCCAUGAUUUAUGAAAGUAAUUAAAUUAUUGUGUUUUAAAAAGUAGAA